AUGGGAGAAAACAAAACAUUUUUCCCCAAAUCCAUCGUCUGCUUCGUUUUCUCACUAAUUUCUAGUGUAAUCGCAUCAUCACCGGUGCCUCAGCCAUGGCCGCUGCAAUUCCACUCGAUUCUCGUCAUGAACAGCAGCAAAGGGGUCCUCCAAAUCGACGAUCUCUGGUACGACUUUCCCAAUGGGCGAAACUUCAACAUAAUUCAGAACCAAUUGGGGCAAAAACUUUACAGUCUGGAAUGGAAUAAUGGAACUUCUUUUUACUAUACAUUGGAUUCUGAUAAAGUCUGCUCGAGCAAGCACGACCCAGUUGGAAUUCUGAGACCUAAUUGGCUUGAGGGAGCGAAUUAUCUUGGGCAGCAGUACAAGGAUGGGUUCCUUUGCAAUGUGUGGGAGAAGGCUGAGAUUGUUUGGUACUAUGAAGAUGUGAUUACCAAAACACCUGUUUACUGGUAUUUCGACACGGGGACAAUAGCACAUUUUAUGACAUUUGAGGUUGGGAGAGUACUUGAGGAUCCAAACUGGCAAGCCCCUGUCUAUUGCUUUGAAGAGUCUAAUGAGCAAAACAAACCAGCACUUGAAUUAAUACCAGCUACUUGGAAUUUGAUGAGACAACUCCAGAGUAUUCCUGCUUCUCUGAAAGUUUACUUAUAA